AUGGAUGAACGUGAAAAAUUGUCAUCUAAGCCAUUCAAUAAGAAAAUUCAAUCAAAUUCAUCAUUAACAGAUGAUGAUGAUGGUCAGGAAGAACAUUCACUAUUAAUUGAUGAAUAUAUGAAAUCUUCUGAUUGUAUUCCAUUUGUUGCAGAAAUUGUCAUAGAAAAUACCGAAGUUCCAUCAUCUAAUUCAAGUAAUAAUCAUUCUGAUAAUGAAGAAGACGCUGAUCAAGAUUUGACAAAACUCGUUGCUCAUGGUCAUUUGAGAAGAGUAUUAUUGAAUUUAGUCUUUGAUGAUAUUGCAAAUAAACAUCAUUUGUUAUAUCCAAAAUCACGAGAUUAUCUUAUUAUAACAAAAGCUGUAUUACGUUCACUAAAUAUUCCGAUAGAUGAUACAAAUGCUUUGAAUGAAUAUCGAGAAUCUAUCAAACAAAAAUUCAAGAAUGAACGAAAACCAUUACAAUAUGUCAAUCCACAAGUUCAACGAAAUAAAAAUAAGUUUGGUAAAGGUCUUGGAAAAUCAAUAAAAAAAAGUGAUCUAGUUUCAGCCGAAAGAAAGACUGAAAAAUUCAUGUUCAUUGGUCGACUUGAUGAUGAACAAGACGUGUUGAAGCUUAAUCAGAUGUUGAAAGAUGAAUUUAAUAAACAAUCAUUCGAUAUAGAAGCAUUAACAUAUAUGUGGAAGAAAACGUUUCCUUCUCGACGACUACUUACACGUAAUCAUCCGAUUAAAGAAAUAUUGUCGGAAUAUCCGACUUAUUCAUUACCAUGUUUAAUUUUUGAAGAGGUGCGAAUGACAACUGACAUAGAUAUUGAACUUAAUGUAGAAUUAUUUUUGCCUGAUUUAUUUGAGAAAUUACCAGAUAAUUCAAUGUUUAUUUCAGAUGUUUUGCCAAUCCGAGAAAUAAAACUAUUAUUUCAGUAUUUCAAAGAUCCCAUAUCAUAUGUUUUAACAGGAAAAGAUCCAAUAACACCAACGCCUUGUAUUAAAAUGCUAGACGAUAAAUACGAGUUAUAUCUUGAUUAUCAGCUCAUUGUACACACAACGUCUGCCCAAGAGGCAAUUGCAAUUCUACUUGGUUUAUAUAAUAUUUUCGAAAUAAAAUUCACACGUCAUUCUCGUGGUGUUCCAUUAUUGUAUGGAAUAAUUUUUCAAGAUCAAAAUGAACUUACUAAGUCAUUGAGAAAGAUCCUUUUAUCAUGGGAAUUUAUAAUCAAAAACAAAUCAAUUGUUCAUCAACAUCAGAGUACAACAACAGUAAACAAUGGUGGUAUGACUCAAAGCACAACAUCAAUUGAAACAAAUGUAAAUGAUUCAAAUGAAGAUGAUCCAAAUAAAAAUGGUCCAAAUGAAAAUUAUUCGAAUAUAAAUCAUGUUAAUCAAGAAUCAACAAUCAAUCAUUCAUUUAAUCAUAACAAGAUUUCAAUUUUUGUAAAUGUAAAUCCGUCAUCGCUUUAUCCAAUUACAUCAAUAAAUGAAAGGAGUUUUCUUUUAGCUUUAUCAUCGAGAAAACAAUGCACAAAACAUGCUGUCGAUGAAAAUAUUUUUCAAGUAACUGAGACAAGUUCUUUUGAUACUAUAACAACAGUUAUAUCAUCACAACCUUCAAAAAAACGUAAACAAGCAACAUUUCAUAAUGAAACAACAACUGUAUCAUCCCAGCCGUCAAAAAAACGUAAACAAACUACAUAUCAUGAUGAAACAACAACUGUAUCAUCACAGAAUUCAAAAAAGCGUAAACAAACAACAUCUCAUAAUGAAACAACACAUUUAUCAACUCGUCUCCAAUCAAAGAGAUCUCGUCUAUCAUAG